GAAAAUGAUCACAAGGUAUUGACGAAAAAGAAAAAGGACAAGAACAAGAGGAUAAGAAGAACGUAUGAUAGGAGAUGUGUUGGCGUGGUGGACGUUGUUGGUUGGUGCCUUGUUGAGCGUUUGUAGCCCUUUCAAAGGGCCAGAAAGCUCAAAACCAGCACCUGCUGACUGCCUUCAUAUUUCUGGUUCUGCGCCAUAGGAGCACUUGCUCUUUCGGAUCACCAUGGCUCAACCUGCUCAUGUACCGAAGUUUGGAAAUUGGGAUAGUGAAAACAUUUCAUAUACUACAUAUUUUGAGACGGUGCGCAGAGACAAAGGUGAUGGAUCAAAGAUUUUUAACCCAAAUGAUCCGGAAGAAAAUCCACAAGCUUUCUAUCCCAGGACAGUUGCUCAAGAUCAUCAACAUAGUGAAAAACACCACAAUGAUACAUCUACUGAUUAUCACGUGGUGAAACAACAUCGCAGGAAACAUCACAGGAGGGAAGAUAGGGAAUUUCACAGAUAUGUGGAAGCUCCACGACCCCAUAGAUCUCCUUUUCAGGGAGUCGAUAUGGAUUCACACAGAAGUAGGAACCAUGGAACCAGUGCCACAAUGUCUAGCAGUGUUAAGAGAAACUCUGAUAACUUGCUUCCACAACAUCAACAUCAUCGCAGGACAAAUAAGGACUUAGCUGAAGGUAGUCAUGGCUUUUCACAACCACCACUGCAUCAAGCUAUACCAAAAGCAGGAAGCUCUCAAGAGAGUGCAGCUCCACAACACAGAGCUCCAUCAGUGCCAAGAUUUGGUUCCUGGGAUGAGACAGAUCCCCAAUCAGCUGAGAGUUUUUCGGUCAUAUUUAACAAAGUUAAAGAACAGAAGCAGAUAGCUGCAACUAAAUUGCCAACACCUCAACCUAAGAUAAUAACAUAUCCAGAAAGGCAGAAAAACUCCAGUCACACUUCCUCAAAAUCAAAGAUCUGUUGCUGCUUAUUUCCUACUGCUGCAGAAUGACCAUCAACUGCAAGGGUGUUUGAUUAAUAUUUUCUUACAAGCUUCUCAUCCAAGUUUCAGACUGUACCCUUUCUACCUCACUCCUCCCAUCAAAGCCAGUGGCAUUUUGCCUCCCUUUCUAUAUAUUUUUUUUAAAAAAAAUUUGUUUGCUGCAGUGAGCAUAUACUUUGAUUUGAAAUCAUUAUCAAACAAGAGGAUAGCAUCCUUUUGAGCAAGAGGGAACAAAGAUCAUAAGUUUUUCCCACCAUCUAUCUACUACUGACUCUGUUUGAUUUAUGAGGACCAGCUGCAUCACCAAAAGUAUCCCAAAUGUACCUUACAUGCCUUAGGCACAGUCGACACUGGUGGGAAAUAGUUGGCAUUUUGUUGAAGCCUGAUGACCAGUAUUGUACAUUUUGUGAUUUAUUCUCGGAUCAUGCAUGAGUUUUGGUGCCAUUUUGUCAUGUUUCAAGGCAUUAAAUGAUCUUCAAAUUCAUGGUAAUAGCCCCUGCCAAAUUUCAUUCUGCACAGAUGAUGAGAAACGUAGGUUUUGGAGGAUGAUUCCAGAUGCCAUUGACAUGGAAUUGUGCAGAGGAAGGAUUCGAAGGAAAGAUGCCCCGAAAAUGAACCUCCAUCAUCUGUAAUCAUUUAGUUCUAUUGUUGUGGGUUAUUCAAGAAAAUGGAAUUGUAUAAGAUGUGAUGGUAUGAAAGAUACAAGAAUAAGGAGGAAAACAUUUGUAAUCAGAAUUCCAGGGGGAAAUAAGCAAUGAGUUCACUUCUUAAAGACAAGCGGUAUUGUAAAAUUUAGAAUGUUAUAACAAUCUUAUAAAUGAUCAUCAUCGCUUGAUUGGAUUGC